CAAAGAUAAAAACGCCCGAGGCGCAAACGUUGCGUUUGAAAAUUAAGAGGAAAACUCGGAAGCUUGAAAAUAAAGCAGAAAUGGGAGGGGUGAAGAACAUCUGGAACGCCAUGGAAGUAGCUGAGCAAACUUCAGAUUGCUCCACCUCUCAGAUCCAUUCUUCUUCUCUAUCCGUCGACCCUUCGCUUCCCCUCUCUCACAUCACGCCGCUGAUAAUAGAGUUGUGCAAGGAUCUAUUUAAGAAAUGGUCAAAUUUGGAGAAUUCUCGCUUCUCUGUUGGGACAGUUUCUGGUGGCAUCACAAAUCUAUUGCUGAAGGUGACUGUUAAGGAAGAGAAUGGAAACGAUGUGUCUGUAACAGUCAGAUUGUAUGGGCCUAACACCGAGUAUGUCAUCAAUCGGGAACGGGAAUUGCUGUCAAUCAAAUACCUCUCGGCUGCAGGAUUUGGUGCAAAUUUGCUUGGAGUUUUCGGGAAUGGGAUGGUGCAAUCUUUCAUCAAUGCCCGUACGCUAAUCCCAUCAGACAUGAGAAAUCCGAAGCUGGCUGCUGAAAUUGCCAAGCAACUAUGCAGAUUUCAUCAAGUGGAAAUUCCAGGUUCUAAGGAACCCCAGCUGUGGAAUGACUUGCUCAAAUUCUUUGAGAAAGCCUCUGCUCUUGAAUUUGAUGACAAUGAGAAGCAGAAAUUAUAUAAGACAAUUUCAUUUAGUGAAGUUCACAAUGAAAUUAUUGAGCUGAAGGAAUUGACUGGCCUUUUAAAUUCUCCAGUGGUUUUCGCUCACAAUGACUUGCUUUCUGGAAAUAUAAUGGUUAAUGAUGAAGAAGAUAAACUCUACUUGAUUGAUUUUGAGUAUGGAUCAUACAAUUAUAGAGGCUUUGACAUUGGGAAUCACUUCAAUGAAUAUGCAGGCUAUGAAUGUGACUUCACCUUAUGCCCGAAUAAGGAUGAACAGUACCAUUUCUUGAGGCAUUAUUUACAACCUGACAAUCCACAUGAGGUAUCUGAGAAAGAUCUGGAAGCUCUCUAUGUUGAGGAAAAUACAUACACGUUAGCCUCACACUUGUAUUGGGCUUUAUGGGGACUAAUCCAGGCAAAGUUUUCUCCGAUCAACUUUGAUUAUCUUGGUUAUUUCUUCCUGCGAUACAAUGAAUUCAAAAGGCAGAAGGAAAAAUGCUUCUCGUUGGCAAGAUCAUUCCUCUCACGAUCUCAGACAUUAAACAUGCACGCGCAAACAUAGGUGCCUGGAUGUGAUGGAUUUGUAGGGAGAUGGAUUUUUAUUUUUAUUUUUCGUUCUUUUACCGAUGUAAUAUUCUUUUGUAGCCGUUUAUCAGAUGGAAAUGGAAACAAACAUGAACAAAAUAAUUGGCAUUUAGGGGCUCCCUGAAGCAUUGUAAUGCAGAAACUUGUGUAUCUGAUUUGUGCAAUUUUUUUG